AUGCCGUUGGUAUUGAUGUGUGGGUUCCCGCUGAGUGGGAAGAGUACUGUUGCGCGCGAACUUGCAGGGUAUCUCAGGGAGAAAGGAGCCAACGUAGUGGUCCAUAGUGAUGAGACGUUGGGGCACAAGGGUCGUGAGACGCGUGAGGAAGACUAUAAUGACACGCAUGCGGAACGUAAGCUGAGAAACGAGAUCAUGAGUGCUGUGCGUCGGGAUCUGUCCCGCUCUACCAUUGUCAUUGUAGACUCCUUGAACUAUAUUAAGGGGUUCAGAUACCAGCUGCACUGUGAGUGUAAGAAUAGCAACACUGGUUUCAUGUUGGUGCAUUGCAUGGCCACAUAUGCAGAUAUCUUGAAGAGGGACGAAAACGGCGAGGAGUCGCCAAGAUGGGGCAAAGAGCUGUUGGACCAAUUGAUCCAGCGGUUUGAAGAACCAGAUGCGUCUAACAGAUGGGACUCUCCAAUGGCUACAGUCGUGUCUCCAGAGACUCUAUUGCCUACACAUAAACAACUAGUAGAUCAAGUGCUCCUUGGAAUCAGCGAUAAGUCAUCCAGCCGUAACGGGUCCCCUUCCCCGGGACCGAUGAAUCGUCUCUCACAAAACAACCCAACACUGCUGAAAGCAGCAACAGGCGCAGACUUCGUGCGACUACUAGACGCUAAGCUGACCGAGACUGUGCGUAUCAUCGUGCGCGAGUGCCAGGCCGCCCAAGCAAUCGGGGGACCGCAGAGAAUCAUCGUCUCCGAAGACGUUAGAGACAUCAACGAUGACCGUUGUCUGUUCUUAGACAUCCCUGCAGACGCCCCUCAACUUACUCUUCCAAGACUAAACAGGCUGAAGCGCCAGUUUGUGCAAAUGAACAAGAACUUACGAGACGUCGACCUAGAGAGGGCAGCUCCCUUAUUUGUAGCAUACAUCGGCCAAACGUUACAGAGCGGCCUUGCAUAG